UCGCGAGGUGGUUCGCUCCGGCCGCGCGGCGCUCGCCGGUUCCGGGGCUGGCGGGCGCGGGUAGCUGCGCAGCGCGCACCGGCUGGCCCUGGCACCGCGGGCCGCGUCGCGAUGCUGCAGCUGCUCGUGCCCCUGCUGGGCUUGGCGCUCGCCUACUUCGCGCUGCUGGACGGGUGGUACCUGCUGCGCGUCCCGUGCGCCGUGCUGCGCGCGCGCCUGCUGCAGCCGCGCGUCCGGGACCUGCUGGCCGAGCAGCGCUACGCGGGCCGCGUGCUGCCCUCGGACCUGGACCUGCUGCUGCACAUGAACAACGCGCGCUACUUGCGCGAGGCCGACGUGGCGCGCGCCGCGCACCUGGCCCGCUGUGGGGUGCUCGGGGCGCUGCGCACGCUCGGGGCGCGCGCCGUGCUGGCUGCCUCGUGCGCGCGCUACCGCCGCUCGCUGCGCCUGCUCGAGCCCUUCGAAGUGCGCACCCGCCUGCUGGGCUGGGACGACCGCGCCUUCUACCUCGAGGCGCGCUUCGUCAGCCUGCGCGACGGCUUCCUGUGCGCGCUGCUGCGCUCCCGCCAGCACGUGCUGGGCACCUCGCCGGAGCGCGUCGUGCAGCACCUGUGCAAGCGCAGGGUGGAGCCGCCGGAGCUGCCGGAAGACCUGCAGCACUGGGUCGCCUACAACGAGGCCAGCAGCCGGCUGCUCCGGGCCGAGAGCGGGCUCGGCGACGAAGUCGGCAAGGACCAGUGACCAUCCCCGCCUGCCGGCCACUACCAGGCAGUCACCGCCGCCCCGCCCCCGCCUGCCGGGGCGCACACUGCAGGAUGGGCUGGCCCGGCUCUCCGAGCUGAGGUGGCCUGCGACCAGCAAGGCCCCCUUCACUCGCUCGGCCCUCCCCCACCCCAUUACUGACGGCCCUCUGAGCCUCCCCGCUGAGCAUGGGAUGGGGUGAUCUAGGCGCCCCGUCCUCCGGGCAGAGGCGGUGAGUGAAGAGGGAGGCCCAGGGUCCUUGGCGCUGGGACCGGGUCCAGAGCUAGCUCGGAGCUCAGGGACCACCUGGAGCCGUGCUGGGCACCGAGCCGCAGUGGGAGACGGUGGGGGGCGGGGCAGGGCCGGGGCCGUCCCUCGGGCUGCAGGUGAGGGUGGCCGGCCCGGGGCGGCGUCGAGCAGGGCGGAGGGCACGGGGCUUCUGUGGAGGUGGCGAGCUUCCUGUGGC